ACCGCGGGCUGCGCUGUGUGAUCCGCCCGCCGCUCAACGGCGACUCGCUCACCGAGUACGAAGCGGGCGUCUGCGAAGAAGAAAAACCAGACUGCUCCAAAGCCCGCUGUGAAGUGCAGUUUUCUCCACGCUGCCCAGAGGAUUCGAUUCUGAUUGAGGGCUAUGCUCCCCCUGGAGAAUGCUGCCCUCUUCCAAGCCGCUGUGUCUGCAACCCUGCAGGAUGUUUGAGGAAAGUCUGUCAACCCAGCUAUUUGAACAUAUUAAUUUCCAAAGCAUCGGGCAAGCCCGGGGAAUGCUGUGAUUUCUAUGAAUGUAAACCAGUGUUCAGCGUAGACUGUAGUACAGUGGAAUGCCCCCCUGUCCAACAAGUUGCCUGUCCUUUGGAUAGCUAUGAAACUCAAGUCAGGCUGACAGCAGAUGGAUGUUGCACUCUUCCCACAAGGUGCGAGUGUCUCUCAGGUUUAUGUGGUGUUCCAAAAUGCGAGCCAGGCUACAUCCCCCAAAUAGUGUCACGUGGAGACGGAACACCUGGCAAGUGCUGUGAUGUCUUUGAAUGUGUCAAUGAAGUGAAGCCAGCGUGUAUAUUUAAUAGUGUGGAAUAUAAUGAUGGAGAUAUGUUCCGAAUGGACACUUGCCGGUUUUGUCAGUGCCAAGGUGGUGUGUCUAUUUGUUUCUCGGCACAAUGUGGUGAGCUACACUGCGAUAGAUACUAUGUACCGGAAGGAGAGUGCUGUCCAGUCUGUGAAGAUUCCAUUUCUCCAAUUAGUAACCCUGCAGGCUGUUAUGCUAAUGGUCAGAUUCAAGCACAUGGUGACCGCUGGAGGGAAGAUGACUGUACUUUCUGCCAGUGCAUCAAUGGGGAGUCCCAUUGUAUGGCCACAGCCUGUGGACAAAGUUGCUUGAAUCCUGUAAAAGUUCCAGGAGAAUGUUGCCCGAUGUGUGAAGAGCCAACCUACAUCACAAUAGGUCCACCCACAUGUCCUGCUCUGGUGAACUGUACACUAAAAGAGACAGACUGUGUUUAUGACUUCAAAGUAGAUCAAAAUGGUUGUCGCAUCUGCCAGUGCAAAACUAGAGAGGAGCGAUGUACCGAUCUCAUGUCAGAUUGUUCCUUGGACUGUGACUUUGGUUUCCAGACUGACGUCCACAACUGUAAGAUCUGUCAAUGCCACCCACGACCUAAGAAAUGCAAACCCAUAGUAUGUGACAAGUACUGUCCCUUUGGAUAUUUCAAAAACAAACAUGGAUGUGAAAUCUGUCGUUGUAAGAAAUGCCCAGAGCUUUCAUGUGGGAAGAUCUGUCCAAUGGGCUUCCAGAAAAAUAACCAAGGAUGUAAUAUCUGCAAAUGUGCUGAGAUGCCAGCUUCCAUAAUACCACCUGCUAAGGCAGGGACUUGCUUGUCAAUAGAUGGGCACCGUCAUGAAAAUGAAGAAAGUUGGCAUGAUGGCUGCCGUGAAUGUUAUUGUCAUAAUGGACGGGAGAUGUGUGCUUUGAUCACUUGUUCUGUACCCAACUGUGGCAAUCCGACAAUACACCCAGGACAAUGUUGUCCAUCGUGCCCAGAUGAAUCCAUUGUGCAGAAGCCAGAAAUCAGUGGUCCAACCAUCUGUUAUGUUCCAGGAGGAGAAUAUUUUGUGGAAGGAGAUACAUGGAACAUUGAUUCUUGUACCCAGUGUACAUGUCAUAAUGCAAGAGUCUUAUGUGAAACCGAAGUCUGUCCCCCUCUACUUUGUCGAAAUCCCACACGUACUCAGGACUCCUGUUGUCCCCAGUGCCCAGAUGAGCCUGUCCAGCCAUCCUCGUCAACCAAUAAGAGCAUGCCCAGUUACUGCAAAAACACUGAUGGUGAUAUCUUCUUAACUGCUGAGUCGUGGAAACCCAAUGUUUGUACCAGUUGCAUUUGCCUGGAUGGUGGAAUCAGCUGCUACUCUGAGUCUUGCCCACCAGUAUCCUGUGAAAGACCUGUUUUGAGAAAAGGGCAAUGUUGUCCUUACUGUAUAGAAGACACAGCAACGAAGAAGGCAGUAUGUCACUUUAAUGGAAAAACCUAUGCAGAUGAAGAACGUUGGGACAUUGAUAGCUGCACACAUUGCUACUGUUUGCAGGGUCAGACUCUCUGUUCCACAGUUAGUUGCCCUCCUCUUCCUUGCGUGGAACCAAUUAAUGUGGAGGGAAGUUGCUGUCCCAUGUGCCCAGAAAUGUAUGUACCUGAACCUACCAACAUUCCAAUUGAGAAGACAAAUCAUAGAGGAGAUAAAGAACUAGAAGCACCAGUCUGGCCUACAUUCAGUGAAAAUGAUGUUGUCCAUAUCCAUAAAGAUUUGGGUCACCUUCAGAGUGAAUAUAGAGAAACUAGAGGAUCACAGCCAAGUACGGAAACAUCUCUUGAUUCUCUUGCCUGGGUAACCAUACCCCUCAUAACAGCUCUAGUUCUUAUAAUAGCACUUUUGUUUAUCAAUCAGAAAAAGCAGUGGAUACCAGUAUCCUGCUACAGAGCUCCAGCAAAGCCUUCUUGCUUAAAUAAUCAGCUGGUGUAUGUGGACUGCAAGAAGGGCACCAUGGUUCAAGUGGACAGUUCUCAGAGAAUGCUUAGAAUUGCUGAUCCAGAUUCAAGAUACAGUGGAUUCUACAGCAUGCAGAAACAGAGUAACUUACAAGCAGAUAAUUUCUAUCAGACAGUGUGAGAAACUGCUACUCUUACCAAGAAGUUAAGAAGAAACAAAGGCUGACUCUGCUAUUCAAAUAAAACUAGAAUCAUGCACUUGCUUAGUGGAUUGUAUUGGAUUUGUGACUUCAUGUACAGCUCUGAGACCUUGUCAGGAUUGACUCUGAUUCCUGCAGUGUGCCAGAACAAGCAUUCCCACUUCUGACCAAGUGUUUUCCUGGAACCAAAGUUUUAAAAUUUGUUGAUGUUUUGCUUGUAACACAGUAAUCAUGAUUGUUUGAGAAAAGAAAAUUGGGGUGAGCUUGCGUGGUUAGAACAGGAAGCUUCAAAGAAGAAAAGCUGGUCAGCUUAGCUUGGAGUCAAAGAAUAUAGCUUUUUGCUGACACUCCAAAAUUGCAUUUAUUGCAGUGAAGUAUAAGCAGAACCCUAACUGAAUUCAAAUAAGAAAGUUUGGGGUUCUUAUGCUACAAAAAUAAACUCGUAGGAGAUAAUCUGUUGCAUCACAGGUGCAAUAUAGCUGCAACUGUGUUUUUCUACCUGGUCAGAAGCUGCAGUAGCAAAUGAAUGAUACAGUGAGGAAAACGUUAAAGCAAAAAGGGCAAAUUUAUUGAAGAUGUGUACAAUUAUACAUUGUGCUGCUUUUUGUUUUUCAUUUUGAUGCUAAUUGACCAGACUGGCAGUUAGCAAAUGGUUAAAGCCUGUAUAAUUCCUGAGAAGAGCACUGGAUCUUUUGGCGACAGUAUUGAAGAGGGAGAAAAAAGAAGGAAAAGUUAAACACCGUUUGAUUCCAGAACUGUGUGUGUGUGUGCGCGCGCAUGUGUGUUUCUUUUACUGUCUGUUUCAGGUGGUUCACACACCAAAUUAUCUUUGAAGAAAAAGGUCUUGUUGGAUGAAGAUCUUGCUCAGAUUCAUUUUUGUAUCAUUAUGUUAAAGGGUUGGGGUUGUUGUUGUUUUUUUCUGUUACUGAUUAUGCAGACUAGAAGCAACUUUCAUGCGAGGAAGCUGCUUAAUUUUAAUGUAUAUUACUCAAGCACCUUUUUGGAAGCUCAGAAAGAAAGAUCAUGCUUCUUUAAAACUUUAGCUUUAUAGAAAUAUCCAUGUAAAUAUAGUUAUGCUUAAAAAAAGCAUCUGUGUGUCUCUGUGUGUUUAAGU